UGAAAAUGGAUUUGAUUGUUGAGUAAAAUCGACCUAAAAUUGGCGAUAGGCGUAAUAUAAGUUCAUAGAUUUAACAGAUAAGAAUAGACGGUAUGAGUUUAGAGGAAAGUUUGCAAACAAGUCCCCUAAAUUAGUAAAACUGUAAUAACAUCCUCAAUCAAUCCCCUAGAGAACCUGAAUUUGUGAGACAAAAAUGUGUGAAGGUGGGGUUUUCUCAAAGCUAUCAGAUGACGUCAUUCUGAACAUACUCUACAAGCUUGAGGAAGAUCCCCGGAACUGGGCUAGGGUAUCCUGCAUCUCCACCAAAUUCUCCUCUCUCAUCAGAACCGUCUGCUUCAGAUCAAAAUGCUCUGAAUCGAUUCCCGCCGUCGUUUCCGAUCUUCUACUUCCUCCCGGUGGCUGGGCGUGGGCGUCUCUUUUCAAGCUUGCCGUAUGCUGCCCUGGCCUAAUCCACUCAGGCGUCCCCCUCGAUAACUCCGAUUUCGGGAUUGACGAUGAUCAGAGUUACAAAGAGCACGGAUUGUUGGAGUUCACUGUACCUGAAGAAGGAAUUCCGGAAUCGAGUACUGUUCCUGCAUCAACGUGGUCAUUGCACGACGAUUUGUUAUUUGGUGAGUCUUCGAUCCCUGCUGCAGAUUCUAUUGCUGCUUGUAAGAGGAGGAAGAUUUGUGUUGUUAGACCGCGGAGGUCACAUUUGGCGUCGGGGAUUUGGAAUUUGAGCCGAGAGCAAGGGAAUAAAUUGCUGGCGAGUCGGUUUAAGGGGGAUUGCUUGUACAUUUGUGAUUGGCCAGGUUGCAUUCACAUUGAGGAGAAGCGUAACUACAUGCUGUUUAGGGGUAUUUUCAAGAAUUUCAAACAGUCGAGGGUUUGGAGGACAAUCAGUGAUGAUAGGAGCAAAAUAAUUGAAUUGAAUUGCAUAUAUUGUAGCUCUAAAGAGACAUGGGAUUUGCAUUCUUCGUUUUGUUUGAGGAGGUAUUUCGGGUACCAUGAUGAUGGGGAGCCUGUUGUUCGGGCGUAUGUUUGUGAAAACGGCCAUGUUUCCGGGGCUUGGACUAAUUGGCCUUUGUACACUUGAACCUGCAGCAAUCGGUACCUUUCUGUUUUACUUAAUUAUUAUUAUCGAUCUUAAACAUUUUGAUUUUUGUGCAUGUGUUGUUGCUGUGUGAUGUUGUUUACUUAUGGAUUUAUUUACAUUUACCACUAUCAUUUGUAUUGUUGACUGAAUUCUCUAGACAUCAAAUAGUGUUGGCUGUAUUAACUAGAUUAGUGAUUUAGAAGUAUUGAUUUGUGAUAUGAAGGAUACGAAUUUGAAUUAGUAUUUUGAUUUUUUUGUCUCGUGGCUUGUC